AGUUGACCUGAAUCUCAGUCAUGUUGUACACUCUGGGAGGUCUGGAGAAGUUUGACUGUUUCCUGGACGCAGUGGAGAAGCUUGCCGUCACCUCACUGCACAUCUUCAUGGAGAACCAGGUUUUAGACCUACCCAAAGACUUCCACUUCAAACAUGUUCAGGCUGUCAUCACUGCUGCAAGACAAAUCUGCCCUCUCCUGCUAGAGUUUAAGAGAGAUGCAAGAGUCUUCUUCUCUCCCAAACUUCAGAAUGUGGAUGUGUUGAAAUAUCAACUGGACAGAUACAUGCAAACCACCAAGAAGAUCUGUGAGAAGUUGGAGAAAAGCUGCUCGAGGGACUUUUGCCUGAAGCUGACUGAGAAACCUGUGAUAGAUGUGAAUGUGGAUUUGUCUGGAGAUGAGAUACAGAGGAUGCUCCAUCACAUUAAAGAUCUUCAUGAAAUCAGGAACAAAAACACCAGAUGUCAGAAAAAGACGACAACUAAGGAUUGCAUAAGAAAACACUGGGACAAGAAAUCAGUCCCAUAUUUAUCAGCUAAGGAAGAUGGAAAUGGCAAACAUGUAUUCUUCUGACACACUACAACAAGAACCUUAUUUCAGAAGCCUUUGUGUCAGCAGUCACAACUGAGUCUUCUUGGGUAAUAGCUAAUGCGACCAGGAGACAGUAUGUCAAGUGAAGACAACCAGAAGUGGGUGAAAAGGACUGAACUACAGGAAGCCUUGUGCUGCUACAUGACACACACCCUCAUCUACAUCAACAUAGUGAGAGGAUUCUGUGAGGGGUUCUCUAUAUGGAUGGUCUGGAGGGACGAGGAAAUCAACAGCAUGGCGGAAAUCAAAGAGAGGGCUGACAAAGUUGACCUGAAUCUCAGUCAUGUUAAAAAGUCAGAACACAAAGGCAAGGCCUUUCUGGAAUAUUUCUGGAGCAAGUUGAGCCAGCUGACUGCAGAUGGCAGGUUUGGAGAGCUAGAGAACAAGCUGGAUGAAGUGUUGGAGUACACUCUGGGAGGUCUGGAGAAGUUUGACUGUUUCCUGGACGCAGUGGAGAAGCUUGCCGUCACCUCACUGCACAUCUUCAUGGAGAACCAGGUUUUAGACCUACCCAAAGACUUCCACUUCAAACAUGUUCAGGCUGUCAUCACUGCUGCAAGACAAAUCUGCCCUCUCCUGCUAGAGUUUAAGAGAGAUGCAAGAGUCUUCUUCUCUCCCAAACUUCAGAAUGUGGAUGUGUUGAAAUAUCAACUGGACAGAUACAUGCAAACCACCAAGAAGAUCUGUGAGAAGUUGGAGAAAAGCUGCUCGAGGGACUUUUGCCUGAAGCUGACUGAGAAACCUGUGAUAGAUGUGAAUGUGGAUUUGUCUGGAGAUGAGAUACAGAGGAUGCUCCAUCACAUUAAAGAUCUUCAUGAAAUCAGGUAAGUUUUCGUUUUUGCUCAUAUUUGAAUUUAAUGUAUUUCUAUUCUGCCCCUCAGCCUCUUUUACUUUUUUUUUUUUUAUUCACAGAGUCUGUCAUUGUUGUGCUUAGUUGAUUCUGUCAGAUAUACAAGAUUUAAAAGUAACAGGGUGGAUGGACAGGUCUACAAAACACUGGACUUGACGGU